AUGCGGGCCUCAUAUAAGCCUCUUUUGGGUUUACUUACACUUCAUGUAACGACAGCUAUCGCGGAUGGCUACGCCAGCAACAUAAGACCUGUUACACUUGAUGCACCACAAGUGGCAGCCAACUUUCCCAACGUUGAAGGCAUUCAGCUAUUGUCGCCAGCGUUUAUACAUCCUGAGAACAUACCAGCAACAUUCGCCAACGGCACUUCCGGACCAACUCCGCAGCAGGAUCUAGAAAGUUUUGUGAAGAGCCUCACCCAGCGCAACGGUUGGAUCACGUACAAUGAUGAGCUAAAGUCUGAAGAAGGUCGCACGAUACCUUAUGUAACAGUGACGAAUAGCAAGAAUAGCAACAAGAAGCUACGUAUCUGGAUCCAAGGGGGUCAGCACGGGAACGAGCCAGCCGGCGACGAGGGUGUACUAGCACUACUCGGAAAGUUGGCUCACGACUCACAAUGGAGCGCGAAGAUCCUCGAAAGGAUUGAUCUUGUCAUUCUCCCACGCUAUAACGUCGAUGGCGUGGAGUAUCUGCAGCGACAGCUGGCCUCCAACUACGAUCCCAACCGCGAUCAUGCUGUGCUUGAGCGACAACAGACACGAGCGAUCAGAAAGCUGCAAUCCGAGUUCGACCCAGACAUCUUCCUAGACGAUCAUGAGUAUACAGGCAGCAACCUGGUAGCCGAAAAAUACAUCCGCGCGCAGGAUCUCCUCGUCUCUGCCAACAAGAACCAGAACGUCAACCCUAGCAUUCGAGCUUUGAACCAGGACUUUGUUGACGAUAUCUUCUCAGCUGCUGAGAGUAAAGGCCUCCGAAUAUUCCCAUACUUCACCACCAGCGUGACCAACGGAACCAUCACAAUCCAAGAGCCUGAUGCGACUCCAGUAGCAAACCACAAGGGUGCUGGUAACUACCAGGCCCUGACUUUCCUGCUGGAGACGCGCGGUAUCGCCAUCGCCGAUCAGCACUUCCAGCGACGUGUAGCAUCCCAGGUUAUUGUCCUAGAGACCAUCCUCAACAAAGCUGUCAAUGAAUUCGACAAGGUAUACAGCACUAUUGAGAAUGGGCGCAAAGCUUUCGUGGAUAGCAAAGACGACAUCGUCGUUGCAUACGAACAGCGCAUCACAAACAAGACUUUGCCCUUCAUCGACGCAUCAACCGGCUCCCUCGUCAACGUAACCGUCCGCUCCAGAAACAGCGAUUCCAACAUCGUCACUCUUUCCCGCCCCCGACCAAAAGCCUACGUCUUCUCACGCGCCUGGGCAGACGUAGCCGAGCGUCUCCGCAUUCUCGGCGUUACCGUCGAUGUCCUCCAGGAAGACUUUGUUGGUACUGUCGAAGCGCUUGUAGUAACGACAGCUGAGUUGGCUGAAGCGAAGUUUGAAGGUAUUGCGGGUACGACGGUGACGACUAACGCGACGCAGCAGUCUGUUACGAUACCGGCUGGUGGCUUUUCUGUUGAUACUAAGCAAAAGAAUGCUGGGUAUGCUUUUGCGCUGUUGGAGCCAGAGGGGGAGGCGAGCCAGGUUUAUUAUAACAAGAUUCCACUGGAUGUGGGAGAUGAGUAUCCAGUGUUUAGGGUUUUGUAG